AUGGUCGUCAUUGACAGUGUUAACAAGGCGGCUCGUUUGAAAAUACAGGGGGAGAUAGUGUCCCUAAUACUAAACUUAAUCGUCACGUUAUGCACAGAGUCCAUAGGCUUCGUGCACAGCAUCUCAUUGCGCUCUACACUAGCCUCAGAGUCUCGACUUCAUUUCAACACCAAUCUACGCCUUCUGACUGCAGCUCGUGGAUGGUAUAAACCUAACGGCGCCCUGCUUAAUGGUGUCUCGGCUAUCCUCCUCAUCAUAUCCUAUUGCUCAACCUCACUCGUCGUAUGUUUAAACUAUCAAACCGAACAAACGCCGCCAAUGACAUCAAUGCCACCUCAAAGUGCAGCGGGUCUUGCCAUCGCAGGGUUACCUCUCCUCUUUUUUGGCGUUGCACUCCUCCUCCAGGUGAUUAUCGCAUUGUCAGGGAUGCGGGCUGUCAAAAUCUUGACGUGGAGCUCCUCGCCUUUUGACUUGACUGCCGCACUGGUACACCACACACAGUUGACUCCGGUUACUUUCCGGUGCAUGCGUUGUGUAUCUGACCUGGACGCUGAUGGAGGUCCAUCACAGCCAUCAGAGACACAGCCUUCUGCGUGGCAUGCUCACCCCAGCAUCCGAAAGGUUGUCAUUUUUCUUUGGGGGAUCGUUGUAGCAUGUGCUGGAUGGGCCGCACUCGUCAUGUAUAUCUGGAACAAGUACACCAGCACGGGCUCAAUGUCCCCCUCUGCGCUGACCACACAAACGUGGUCGUUCUUUCCCAAUUCGGUCCUGCCCGGCAACCCGUCCAAUUACAUCCUGUAUGCUAUGCCAGGUGCCAAUACUCAAGUGUGGAUUCUGCUCUUUGUAAACAUGGCAGUUGUUCAGGGACCGUUGACACUCGGGCUGCAUUGCUCGGAGCUCAUCGCGAAUGUCAUUCGAGAUGAAAGGCAGUGGAGAUGCGCUACCGGAAGAAAAGGACUUAGAACGACAACAAACCCACUGAAGUCGAUUUUCAGUCAUCCAAUCAGUCUCAUACUUUUCGUCGCGAAGCCUUUCUUCCACUGGAUGUUUGGGCUUUCGUUCAUUGUAUCUCGCGUCGCCUUUGACAUGGAACUAGUGAUAAUGUCGAUAGGCAUGUACACUGCUCAGAUAUGGAACUUAUCUAUAGCGCUGGCUAUAUUUGCAUGUUUCUUCACUGUUGUCGUACUGCACCGACCGCGGGGCCCCCAGCCAGCCGCGUAUGGCCACAUCCAGACGCUUGCGAACCUCGUGGAUGAGUGGUCGCCUGUGAUGUGGUGGGGACACAAGGAGGACGGGAUCCCGUACUGUCAUGCUGGGACGAGCGAUCACCCGCUGCCGGAUGUGAAGAUGGACUGUGUCUAUACUGGUUCCGGUAUCGAGUCUCUGCACCCAUGUCAUGAGAGGUACUUGCUUUGCUCUUCAAAAAACUUUUUUUCAAUUUCUUUUUUGUAAACAGAGGAGCACGUUAGUUGAGCUGGCGAUGCAUUGACGAUGCACACAACCAGCCACGCCAUUUAACGAUAUGUACAGAUUUUAUGCUGUCUGCCGCGUUGUAGUUAGCUCGUGGUGUUGUCGUGUUAUUCAUCUCAGGCACGAUUUUUAGCGGACACAUUCAAGUCGAGACGUACGUUCAAACAAUAACUGAUCAUUGUGAUUUUAGUAGAUGAUAAGGCGUCUGAGACAGUCCCUUGAAUGUCUGAUCUCACCACCUCAUUUCCAAGGUCUUCGAAACUUGUGGGCCGAUGACACUGGCACGAGGA